AUGACUGCCUGUGUUUCUAAUCCCGUGCAUGCGCGCCAUCUUCUCAGCCAUCAUGAGACUGAGUUCUUCAAAGCUACUACGUGCUGUACCUACCGCUACAAUAGAGAUUACUGGGCCCAAGAUGCUUUUGAAUGUGCCACCUUGGCGGAGGAGCUUGAGCAAGCGGCAACAACCUAUCUAGGUGGUCCUUGUAAGGUUCACAGGCCCGAGCCUGUUCCUAUCGUAGCUAGCGCUAGCAAUAAUACUAUCGUGAAGGCUGUUAAGGAAGGGGUCAAACUAGGCUCUAACAUCGCAGUUGCCGGAGCUAAGCUCGCCCAGGAUAUUCCGUUGGUCAUGGAGGCGUCGAGCUUCCUGGCCACAAACGUCAAAAUCGCCAGUGAAAGCAACGCCGUCAAGGCCAGUGCAAAAAUAGUACGUCGCGAAGCGGUCCUGGCAAAACAAACAACCAUGGCCUUUUUCGAUGGCGUAGCCGAUACCUUCGAAGCCGCAAAGAAGAUCGUUACUCAAGGUCCUAAAAAGCAAAUCGACUACAAGACCAAGCCAUUCGAGCGAUACAACUGGAACGAGGGGGAACAUCGGGACGGGAGGAUGUACGAGGAGGAUUCUGAUGAAGAGGAUGAGACAUGGGAGUUUGUCUAA